AUGUAAAAUUACAUAAAGCUAAACUAAUAUUUAGAUGUUAUGGAUAAUUCUAAUAAUUGGUGUGUAGGAAAAAUAAUUUCAAUUGAAUAAAAUUAAUUAUAUAUUAAUUUUGAUGGAUGGAAAGAAUCAUUUAAUGAAGUAAAACUUUUUAUUUAUUUAUUUUUUCAAAAAAAAAUAAUAUUUAUAUUUGUUUUGGAAAUCAAAAAAAAGAAACAUUUUGUAAAUUCUAAAAAAAUAUUGCCUUUUAGAUCAAAAACAUAACCUUAUACAGGGGCAAAAAAGUAAUCUUAAAGAGAUAAUUUUAUAUUUGAGAAUUAAAGAAAUAAUAUAAAUUAAGAAUUAGAAAAAAUGAUGAAUCUUUAAUAAAAUAAUUUCUAAAUAGAAGACACUUAUCAGUUUAUUUAAUAUGUUCGUGGAAGUUUAUUUAUUUUAGGAGAUUCAAUAUUGACUUAUUAAAAAGCUUUAAAUAAAGAAGACAUGAAACUUUCUGUUGAAUUUUUUUAAGUUUAUAUUUCUUUUUUCUGUAAAUAUCUUUAAACUAUUCCCUAAUAUCUACAUUAAUAUAUUGAAGCGAAUAAUUUGAAUACAAAUUUAUAUUUAAUAGCCCCUUAAGUAUGUUUGGUUAGUGCUUAUAGUGAAUUAUUUGAAUUGUUAUUAAAUAUACUUGGCGAAAGAAUCAGAGGAAGAAGAUAUUAUAGUUAGAAUUAAUUUUGUUUGAUUUAAGUAUAGGAACCAUUUGCAAUUAGAAGUAAAGAAUCAUAUAAUAAUUAAAUGGAUUAAAUAAUUAAUUUUAUUAAUUGUUUUGGAUCAAAUAAUGGGUUCGAUCAUUUAAUUAAUUUAAUAAAUUGGCAAGAAAAUAUAUAUAAGACGCCUUUAAAUAUCAUUGUUUAUAUAUAGGAGGUGAUGAAUAAAUGUAUUUAGCUAAUGCCUUCAAGAAUUUAGAGAAUGUAUUUAGAUUUAUAUGAGAAAAGUAUUUUUCAAAGAAUCAGCAAAAUUUAAGAUAAGGAAAUGAAAGAUAUAGAUAUUCCAAAAGUAAGGAAUGUUUUAAGGAAUCUAUUACCCAGAAGUACCUAUAUUCCUAAUGAAAGGGAGAUUUUCGAGGCUGUGGAUAAAGCCGAGAUUUAGUUUGCUUUAAAAUUGUUGAAGUGUUAGUAUUUAGAGAAGAAAUUCGCAGGAAUAGUCUAAAUUAAGGAGAUUAUAGAGCAUGUUUGUUAGUAAUAUGGUGGAAAAAUUCUAUAAUAGUAGUAGUAAAUAUAAGAAAAUAUUCAGUCUUUUAAAUAUAUGAAUAAAGAAAGUCUAAAGAUGAUUUUAGAAUAGGAAGGGCUUUUAGAUUUUUUAUUGGGAGAAAAUUAUUUCCAUCCAGAAAUAUUUAAGAAGUCUUUACAUAUUUUUGUUUUUAUGGCUGAAAUAGGAGGUCUUUAGAAAAAACAUAUCGAAAAUUUAUGGAAAAUCACUGAAAAUAAACACGAGGCAGAUCUAAUGGCCAUUUAUGAGGUUAUUAUAAGCCUUAGUAAGGUGUUAAAUGUGGAAAGUUUGGAGUAUUUGUUUAAAUAAAUGAGUUUAAUUAAAUUCGAAAAAUAUACGGAUUUAACAAUUAAUUUAUUGAAGGAUUUUAGUUAGAAUGCCGGGUUAAAUAUGCAGUAUUAGAAUAAAAAAUAAAAAAUUUAGUCGGAAUUCCCGAAUUUCGGACUCGAAUUUCUAUGGGAAGCACUUUAAGACUAAAAUAAGGUAAAUCCGAAAUUAAUUCAUAAUAUAGUAGAUUGUUUAUGCUUUUUAUUGAAAAAUAGUAACUUGAAAGAAUAAUAUAUUUAAAUGAGCUUUGAAAAUGUUAGAGAUGGGAAAAGUGUUUGCUAGAGUAUUUAGGUUAUUAUUUAAUUACUCAAAAGCUAUAAAAAUUCGUCCGUUUUUAAUAACUUUUUGGAGGAUACUUAAUAGAAUAUUGUGGUUAAAUUUAAUAAAGAAUUCUAUAUUUUGGAUUUAUUAGUGAAGGAGUUCGAAUGCUAUUAUUAAAGUGGGUAAGAAUAGAUGGGGGGAGGAAUUUAGGGAAAAUAUACACAUGAAUAGAAUGUGGAUAUUCGAUUAGAACUUAUUUAGAUAGUAAGUAAUGCACUUUAAGGGAAAAAAUGGGAAAUGAAUAUUGAAUAGGUAAAAAAAUUAUGGGUAGUGGUCGAAAAAAAGAAGCUUUUGAAGUGGAUUUUGGUAAAAAAUGGAUAGAAAAAUGUAAUUAAUGAACAUUUAUAUGUAUAGUUUGUUGAAAAAAUAUUAUUAGAAAAGGAGUUGAUGAAAGAUUAUAAUAUUGAUAAGGAAAGUUAUGAGUUUGUGAGGCAGUUUUUGAUAGAAUGUAAUAUUAGGAAUGGGAAAAGUAUAGAAAUUAAUUAAAAAAAUGUGAUUUUUGUAAUUAAACAUGAGAAUAUUAUUGGAAAAGAGUUUUUUUGGAAUGUUUUACUAUUUUGUGAAAAUCAAGAAGUGUUAAAUUUUAAUAACUAGUUUAUUCCAAAUUUUUAUGUCAGAAAAGCCUAGAAAAGCUCUGAGUAAAAAAUAAAACUAUGGAAACUUUUUAUAAAUAAAUGUAAAGAUAUUCUUUAAAUGUAAAACGUUUAGUUUAGAGUAUAGUUUAAUAUUGUUAAAAUGGUUAAAUUCUUUUUGUAAGAAUUAGAAGGGAAGAUGUACUUUGAUAUAAAGAGUUAGAGCUUAUAAAUAUACAUUUAAUUAGAAAAAUAAACUAAAACUAGAAUCAUGCUUAAUUUAGAUAAUAAUAUAAGUAUAUUGCAUUUAAGAAAAAUUAUAGGCGAAUAGUUUAUUAUUUAGAAUAAAGAUUUUGAUUUAUUUAUAGAAGGUAAAAAUUAUAUUAUAUGUAGAUAUUAAGAAGAAGAAUAUAAUAUAUAAGCUUUGGUUUUUAAUGAUUUAAAAUAAACUAUUAUAUCAGCUAUUAAUAUAAAAGAUAAUAAUCAAGACUUAGUAGAUUUAAUUUAAUUCAAAUAAGAAUUAGUAAAUGAUUCUUUUGGAGAAUUAUUAUUUGAAAUGUUAUCAUAGAACAAUUAAGUUGAGUUGAUUUAAAAUAUAUUGGAAACAUUAAAUAAUUUACCUAAAAUUUAAAACAUAGUUAAAAAGAUAGAAAAUUUAAACUAAGUUAAUGAGCUUUUUUCAUAAAAUUGCUAUUUAAAAUUAUAGUAUUGUCUUUUAAUUAUUUAAUAGUAUUUUUUAGAAUAAGAAAAAUGGUGUAAGCUUUUUUUGAGCAAAAACGGAAUAAAGCAUCUCAUUAAUAUUUAUUAAAGUAUACAAAACAUCAACUCUUAACAUUUCUUUAGUUAGCCCUUUAAUUUAUAUUGCUUAUAGACCCUUGCUGAGAUCAUUAACCAUUUCAUAAUGCAAAAUUAUGCGAAUUAAUCAGGGUAUUUAUAGUAAUUUUUAAAGAGUACAAUGUAACUUAUUAUAAGAAUUUUCGAAGAAAAAGAGGAAGUUGUGAUAGAAUAUUUAAGCGAAUGUAAAAAAAUAUUGGAGUUUAUAGUGAUAUAGGGAUUAUUAAAUGUUGAUGAUAAAGGUUCAAGAAAAGAGAUUAAAAAAGGACUUCAAUAAAUAGUAGUAUUAGAAGAAAGUAAAGAAGGAUUAAUUUUAUUCGAAAAUUUAUUAAAUUAAUUAAUUCUAAAAGAAAGUUUUGGAGAUUUUUUAGGUAUUUAUAAGGAAAAAUGUAUUUAGUUUUUUGAUUUUUAUGAAUUUUUAUUAGAUAAGAUUUCAUAGUAUGAAAAAUUAGGAGAUUUAAAAUAAAAUAAUUUGGUUUAAAUUUCUUUGAAAAUCAUAGAAAUUAUUAAAAAAAAUUAACUUUUAAGAGGAGCGUUUUAAAUAGCCUUGAAAUUAUUAAAUAUAUAGGAAAACUUAUUCCAAUAUAUAGAAAAUGAUGUAUGUAAAAGUAUUAUUUAAGACUGUUUAUUUAAUAUUCCUCCUAAAUGUAAGUCUCUGAAAACCAGAAAUGCAGCAUUUAAGGUUUUAGUGAAGAUCUAAAGCAAAAAUAUGUAAAAAAAUCCUAUUUCGGACCCUAAUUAGUAUAUUGAAUAGUUCUUAAAAAGUGGUUUUUGGCGAUAAAAAAGUCGAUAAGAAUGGAAUAAAAGGCAAGAAAUUGAAAAAAACACAAAAGAAUAUGUCGGUUUGAAAAAUUUAGGUUCUACAUGUUAUAUGAACUCUUUAUUCUAGCAACUUUUCAUGAUAAAAGAGUUUUCUCAGAAUUUAUUAAAAAUAAGAAAAGAGGAAAAUAAUGACAAUAAUAAUACUUUAUUUUUUUUUAACUAAAUAAUGCAGGCUUUGAGUUUUUCAUAAAGGCAAUUUUAUGACUGUAGAGAAUUUUGUUUUUAAUUCAAAGAUUUUGACGGAUAACCGACUAAUGUAAUGUAAUAAAUGGACGUCGAUGAGUUUUUUAAUACACUAAUGGAUAGAUUAGAAACAGAUCUAAAACCCCUUGGCUAAGAGUUUAUUAUAAAAGAUAUCUUCGAAGGAUAAUUAGCCAAUGAAUUAAUUGGAAAAGGCUCAGGUUGUGAGCAUUGUUCGGAAAGAAAUGAAUCUUUCAUGGCUAUUUCUUUACCCAUAAAGAAUAAAAAAAGCACUCUAGGGGAAUGCUUGGAUUCCUUUGUAUAAGGAGAAAUGCUAGAUGGAGAUAAUUCGUAUUUUUGUGAGAAAUGUAACGCUAAAGUGCCAACUUUAAAGCAGUAAAGUAUUAAAAAAUUACCUAAUCUGCUUAUUAUAGUAUUGAAAAGGUUCCAUUUUGAUAUCGAGAGUAUGUAGAAGACUAAAAUAAAUGCAUAUUGUGAGUUUCCGUUUGAUUUAGACAUGAAAUAAUAUACAAAAUUGAAUGAGGAGAAUGAAUAAUAUGGAAAUGAAUAUUUUUAGUAUAAAUUAAGGGGAAUUAUUAUACAUCAAGGAACAUCAGAUUCUGGACAUUAUUAUAGCAUUAUUUAAGAAAAAGAAGGGAAUUGGAUGGAAUUCAAUGAUAUGUAAAUUUAGCCUUUUGAUAUUUAGGAAAUCCAAUAGGAAGGUUUUGGAGGUUUUGAGGAAAAAAUAGAUGGGAAAUUUCAAAAUUCCUAGUAAAUUAAUAAAUUGUAAUAAUCUUAGUAAUAGGGAAAUAAUUAAAUUCAUAAAAAUAAAAACGCUUAUAUGCUUUUUUAUGAAAGAGUUAAGUUCUUUAAUUUUUAGAAUGUUUCAAAUUUAUAAAUGACAACCAAAAAUAAUCAUUUAGAUUUAAAUGGGCUUUAGUAUUCAGAAAAUUAUAAACUGCAUUUAAAUAAAUACUUCUUUUCAAAAGAUUUGUAAGAAUAUGUAGUCUAGUUAAUUAAAAUUGUCAUAAAUCAAAAUUAAGAAAGCCUAUAAACCUUGUAAAUAAGUAAAUUUGGAUUCUUUUAUUACUUCUUUGUGCUCAUUAGGUCAUAUGAUAAGUCUUAAAUUACUUUCUUUAGACAAUAAUUGGCUCUUUUAUUAUAAAAUAGUUAUAGUUUAUCCACUUGGCUAAUUUAAAAUGUCAAUAACAUCAAUUUUAUUAAAGAAAUUUAUGUCUAAAACCCUGUUGAUGAUAUGAAGUGCAUCACUAGUGGGCUUAUUUUGUAAGGCUUAAAGACUGUUUGUGAAAAAGACGAUGUUCUACAGUUUGAAGAGUUCGUUUAGAAAAGUUGUUUAGUUUAAUUUGUAAAUUUAGGCUUUUCAGUGUUAAAUUUACAUGUAAAUGAGUCUAAAUUACUUGAUUAGUUUUUCCGUUUAAUUUGCAAGGUUUAAGAAAUGUCGAAUAAUGUAGGAAUUUAUAUGUUUUAGAAUAAAAUUAUUAAUAGACUAAAUGCGUUUUUUUAAGAUCAGAUUUUUGAUAAUAAUAAUGAGUUUUUGGGAAAGUUUACAGAAUUCGAAUUAUAGAAAGGAAAUUAUUAAAUUGUUAAUAAUUUAAAUAAUAUAAAAUCGAUAGAAGAAUUAAUAGAAUAAAGAGAUUAUUAAAAUAAAUUACAAAAUAUGUAGAAAAAUUACGCUUCGUUAAUAAAAUUAUGGUCUAAUAUUAUUAGAAUGAAUAAUUUUAAUCCAUCUAUAGGAAAAUAAAGCCCGUAUUAAGCUGCCUUUUUAUUAGAAAAUAAUCAAAAUGUAGAUAUUGAAUUGUAUAAAUAGUCAAAUUUUUUGAAAAAAAUAAUCAGUUUAUGUAAUAAUAAGUAGAGUAGAAAGUAUUUUGCAUUAGGAAUAGGUCAUAUAAGCUUUUUAAAUGUUAAAUUUUAGGAAGGAAUGUUAGAUUGUUUAAAGGAAAUUUAUAAAGAAAGAAAAUUUGAUGAUAAAGAUGUAAAAUUUUUAAUGGUUUUAUUAAGAUAUUUAGUUUAGGUUUGUGAAAAUAAUAAUAUUUAAAUUUAAAAAAUUGUUUUUUAAAUAAUGUAAUUCUUCAGUAAUAAUCUUAAAUAUUAUAUAUGUUCAUCUAUAGUGUUUGAUGGUAUAAUAAAAGUAAAUAUAUAUAUAUAUAUAUAUAUAUAUAUUAUAUAUAUAUUAAUAUAUUUAUAUUUUUUUAUAUUUAUUUAUAAUAGAUUUAUAGUUUAAGUAAGAAUUUUUAGAAAUGUUUAAAUUCUUUACUAAAUAAUAAUAAAGAUAUUGUUAAAUUGA